AUGUCCGCUUUAUACAACCCUAAAAAUCCACAAGAAACGGCUACUUUUCGUUUUCUCGCUCGCGUUAAUUCUCUCUAUGGUCUUAAUUUGCUCACAUACCACGACCUCUAUACAUGGUCCACAACGCAUAUAGACAAGUUCUGGUCCGCAGUCUGGGACGAGACAGGUGUCACUGGCCACAAAGGUGCUCACAUCGUCGACAAUGACGCCCUCCCUUCGGACAACCCUCCAUGGUUCUCUGAUGCUCGCGUUAAUUGGGCCGAAAACAUGCUCUGGUGUCGUUCUGCCGAAAAGACUGCCCUUAUAGAAGCUACCGAACCGACUCCAGAAUUCCCUGUCCCCCGGCUCCGGACUACCACCUAUGCCAAGUUGUAUUCGCUUGUCGCCGACCUCGUAUCGGCUAUGCUUCAUUACGGUCUCAAGCCAGGAGAUCGCGUCGCAUCCUAUUCAUCCAAUUGUAUCGAAAAUGUCGCUGCCUGCCUAGCAACCACCGCCAUUGGCGGCAUUUGGGUUAGCGCCGCUGCAGAUUUUGGACCGGAAGGAGUGCUGGAGCGUCUGGAACAAGUUCAACCGACUUUCCUGUUCGCUGUAGAUGCCGUCGUGUACAACCAUAAAGUUCACCAACAUUUGCCCAAGGUCUCUACCUUGCUUUCGGGUUUGGCGUUGAAAUCUCCCAAGGUCAUCAUAAUCCAUGCCAUCCCUCACGCCGAGGAUCGUAGUCAAUGGCAAGAGGAGUGGCUUGGUUGGAAUGAUUUUCUUGAACAAGGCAGAAAACUUCAGCUGGGUCGAACAGCAGACGGAGAAGUCAAAUGGAAUAGGCUCCAAUUUGAUGCUCCUCUCUGGAUACUUUUCAGCAGUGGAACUACUGGACGCCCAAAACCCAUCGUACAUCGAGCUGGUGGAAUGCUCCUCCAAUCCAAGAAAGAACUUGCCAUUUGUGGCGAUCUUUGUCCUGAUGACGUGUUUUUCUAUUACACGACGACAGGAUGGAUGAUGUGGAACUUUCUUGUCAGUGGUCUCACGAUUGGCUGCACGCUCGUCCUCUACGACGGUAGCCCUUUGCGAGAUGCGAGCUUGCUUUGGCGCCUUUCUGAUGACCUCGGUGUAACCAUCUUCGGCACCAGUGCCAAAUACCUGGACCAGCUUUCGAAACGCUAUCAACCGCGGAGUCGUCAUAAUUUGGGUACGCUACGACAAAUUUACUCGACUGGUUCUCCCCUUGCGCCGCCGCUUUUCGACUAUGUGUAUGAACAUAUUAAACCUAACAUCAUCCUGAGUUCCAUUACUGGGGGAACUGACAUCUGUUCCUUAUUUGCUGGCAUGUCAACGGCGCUUCCAGUGUAUCGGGGAGAAAUCCAGUGUCGCAUGUUAGGAAUGGCCAUUGAGAGCUUCACUCCGACUGGUUCAGUCAACCCACCUGACGAGCCCGGGGAGUUGGUCUGCCUUCGUCCGUUCCCGUGCAUGCCCAUCGGCUUCUGGCCAUUACCCAAUUAUGGCUCUGAGAGUGACGUCAGCGCAGCGGAGAAGCGCUUUCACGACUCAUAUUUUGCAGAGUUCAAGGGUACCUGGUAUCACGGUGAUCAUGUUAUCAUCACACGUUCGAAAUCUGGGAAUGGAGGCGGUUUGAUCAUGCUAGGCCGCUCGGACGGGGUAUUAAACCCAGGAGGAAUCCGUUUUGGAUCUUCGGAAAUCUAUGAUGUUCUGGACUUCGCCUUCUCAAAAAGUACAAGUGCACAGCAUCUCCUCGACUUUUUGGCUGUCGGCCAGAAGAUUGACAAUGGGACCGAUGAACGUGUCAUCCUGUUCGUCAAGCUCUCUGCAGAUGAACAUUUAUCACUAGAUUUGGAGUCAAACAUCAAGGCGGCGAUACGAGAGCGGAGAAGCCCUCGGCAUGUUCCAACCCGUAUUAUACAAGUGCCAGAUAUCCCAUAUACCCUCAAUGGCAAGCGCGUGGAGGUGCUAGUGAAGAAGAUCGUCAACGGUGCACCCGUUUCGAUCGUCAACCCAGCUACGUUGUCGAACCCAGAGUGCCUUUUAUUUUAUGCUAGCUUGGGUGAAGAAUUGCGGAGGGAAGUGAGCUGA